GAGUGGCGGAGAGAGAAGCGAGCAUGCAUCCCGAGGCUUCGGAGCCGCCGGAGGACAGCGCGGCAGAGCCCAGUCUGGAGGAAUCGGCAGGCGAUCACGGCGACGCGGGGCCAGGGGUCCUCAAAGAAGAAAUUAUUGAGACCAAGGAAACAUGUGUGGGCCCUUCUACAACAUCCUGCCAAAGUCAGCAGCAACAGAGUGGUGACAGCAAAUCAGAUGGUCACUUAGCUCAUACAAGAAAUGACAGAGAUGAUCAGAGCCCCAGGAUGACUAAACAAUUCCUUCAAAAACUCUGCAAGCAACACAAGCUGUACAUCACCCCUGCCCUGAACGACACGCUAUAUUUACACUUUAAGGGCUUUGACCGCAUUGAGAACCUGGAGGAGUACACUGGCCUCCGCUGCCUCUGGCUGGAGAGCAAUGGCAUCCAGAGGAUCGAGAACCUGCAGGCCCAGACCGAGCUGCGCUGCCUCUUCCUGCAAGUGAACCUGUUGCACAAAAUCGAGAACCUGGAGCCGCUCCAGAAGCUGGACGCGCUCAACCUGAGCAACAACUACAUCAAGACCAUCGAGAACCUCUCCUGCCUCCCUGUCCUGAACACACUGCAAAUGGCCCACAACCGCCUGGAGACGGUGGCAGAUAUCCAGCACCUCAGGGAGUGCCCGCAACUCUGUGUCCUCGACCUCUCCCACAACAUGCUGAGUGACCCCGAGAUCCUGACCGUGCUCGAGAGCAUGCCCUGUCUGCGUGUACUGAACCUGAUGGGGAAUGCAGUGAUCAAACACAUCCCUAACUACCGCAGGACUGUGACUGUCCGUCUGCUGCACUUGACUUAUCUGGAUGACAGGCCAAUUUUCCCCAAAGACAGGGCGUGUGCAGAGGCGUGGGCCCGAGGGGGCUAUGCAGCUGAGAAGGAAGAACGGCAGCAGUGGGAGAGCAGGGAACACAAGAAGAUAACAGACAGCCUGGAAGCCUUGGCCAUGAUCAAGCGGCGGGCUGAGGAACGGAAGAGGGCAAGAGAAAGAGGGAAGACACCCCUGCCAGACAGUGAGGAGAGUACCACUGCCAGCCCAGAGGUUCAGGAAGGGCCACCCAUGGGGGAAACCCAGCAGAAAAUGGAGUUGUUUGUGAAGGAGAGCUUCGAAGCCAAAGAUGAACUGUUCCCAGAGAAGCUAGGCACAGAAGAGGAGCUGCCUGUGGUGGUGAAUGGGACAAUGGAAAAGCCAGACUUGCCUGCGAGCCUGGCUCACACUCGGUCACCUGUGGGGGUCAGCCCUGAAGAGUCCACGUCCCCAGCAGCAGCUGUUGAUGCGGCCAAAACGGACGACACAGAGGCCAUUGCCCUUGGGACCCAGGAGAAGCUUUUCAUCGAUGACCUGCCUGACUUGGAAGAUGUUGAUGGCACUGACUUGUCUACGGAAGACCAGAUAAAGGAAACCGGCACCCCAAAAAUCCAGGCCAUUUCCAGCUUGAGUGACGACAGUGACCUCGAACUGGACAGCUCUUCCCUCUCGAUGCUUGAUGGCACUCCCACAGACAACACAGGUGUGCUCUCACACGUAUUUGCACUCUCCAAAGGCCUCUCAAAGACAGCCUGGGUACCUUUCGCAGACAUAUGUAAACCAACAGCGACAACAGAAUUGGAAACCCAACGUCACGACUCUGGCACCACCUCUGCAAGACCCCUCAUCCAGGAGCUGGAAGAGGGAAAGCCAGACCAGUCACUCCUGCCCCAACCUUGUGCAAGUGACCCCGCACUUGGCCAGUCUAGUGAAGAUGGAGACAGCCAGCUGACUGCAGCCACUCCACUAGGAGCUGAGAAUGAAGCACAGUCUUUGUUGGACCUGGAGGAGCCCCGUGCCAGGGAAGGCCUGGAAGAUAUUGAAUUUGGCUUGGACUAACCCUAAGGCAGUCUACACUGUUAGGCUAGCGGUGGCAAAGUGGAUGCAGGGCACUCUGUCCUGGGCAUCGCUGCUGAUGCACUCUGGGACCCUGCACGGCAGGAACUGUGCAGCCAUACCCAUGUGACUUACACCCAGUGCUCCUCUUUCCCCUGGUUACAGACCCCUUGAGUACAUAAACGCUUUCUGACCCACACAAGUCAGCAUGUUACUGGGUUGCCAGUCAGGCUCUUCUGAUGA